AUGUUACCUCCCAACUUUGAGUUCCCAGUUUACGAGGCUUGGGUAGAAGAGGAUGAAGAGAUUCCCGAUGAACUCCGAUGGAUGUUAGAGCAAGAAAGAAAAGCUAUUCAGCCUUACAAGGAAGAAAUAGAGUUGAUCAACCUGGGCACUGAGGAUGAUAAAAAAGAAAUUAAGAUUGGAGCGUCGUUGGAGGCGUCUGUCAAGAAAAAGAUAAUUGAGCUUCUCAGAGAGUAUGAUGAUAUAUUUGCAUGGUCCUACAAAGACAUGCCGGGGUUAGACCAUGAUGUUGUGGAACACCGUUUGCCUUUGAAGCCCGAGUGUCCUCCAGUCAAGCAGAAGUUAAGAAGAUCUCAUCCAGAUAUGGCUCUCAAGAUCAAAGAGGAAGUGCGAAAGCAAAUUGAUGCAGGUUUCUUGAUUACCUCUGAGUAUCCUCAAUGGUUGGCCAACAUAGUGCCCGUUCCAAAGAAAGAUGGUAAGGUCAGAAUGUGUGUUGACUAUCGGGAUUUGAACAAAGCUAGUCCGAAGGAUGAUUUCCCUUUACCUCACAUUGAUGUAUUGGUUGAUAGUACUGCUAGAUGCAAGGUAUUCUCCUUCAUGGAUGGAUUCUCCGGGUAUAACCAGAUCAAGAUGGCUCCAGAAGAUAGAGAAAAGACGUCGUUCAUCACGCCUUGGGGUGCUUUCUGCUACUUGGUAAUGCCAUUUGGGUUGAUAAAUGCUGGUGCCACUUACCAGAGAGGCAUGACUAAAAUAUUCCAUGAUAUGAUACAUAAAGAGAUUGAAGUGUAUGUGGAUGACAUGAUUGUCAAAUCAGGCACUGAAGAAGAACAUGUUGAAUCCGGCAAGCUCUUGGGUUUUAUCGUCAGCCAGAAGGGUAUUGAAGUAGAUCCCGACAAAGUCAAAGCUAUCAGGGAAAUGCCUGCUCCAAGGACAGAGAAACAAGUUAGAGGUUUUCUAGGAAGACUGAACUACAUCUCCAGAUUCAUCUCUCAUAUGACUGCCACAUGUGGGCCGAUAUUCAAGUUACUCCGUAAAGAUCAAGGGAUUGUUUGGACGGAAGAUUGCCAGAAAGCUUUUGACAGCAUCAAAGGGUAUUUGUUAGAACCUCCGAUUCUUGUCCCUCCGGUCGAAGGGAGGCCUUUGAUCAUGUAUUUGACUGUGUUAGAAGAUUCUAUGGGCUGUGUGUUGGGUCAACAAGACGAGACUGGAAAGAAAGAGCACGCCAUUUACUACUUGAGUAAGAAGUUUACCGAUUGUGAGUCCCGAUAUUCUAUGCUUGAGAAAACCUGUUGCGCUUUGGCAUGGGCUGCUAAGCGUCUUCGUCACUAUAUGGUUAAUCACACUACUUGGUUGAUAUCCAAAAUGGAUCCGAUCAAGUACAUUUUUGAGAAGCCGGCUUUAACAGGAAGAAUUGCUCGUUGGCAGAUGUUAUUGUCCGAGUAUGAUAUUGUCUACCGCACUCAGAAAGCCAUCAAAGGUAGUAUUCUGGCUGACCAUUUAGCUCAUCAACCAAUUGAAGAUUAUCAGCCUAUCAAGUUUGAUUUUCCAGAUGAAGAGAUCAUGUAUUUAAAGAUGAAAGAUUGUGACGAACCGUUGUUUGGUGAAGGUCCUGAUCCAGACUCCAAGUGGGGUUUGAUAUUUGAUGGGGCGGUUAAUGUCUAUGGUAAUGGAAUAGGGGCAGUUAUCCUUACUCCAAAGGGUACUCACAUUCCUUUCACUGCAAGACUCCGGUUUGAUUGUACGAACAACAUUGCAGAAUAUGAAGCUUGCAUCAUGGGUAUUGAAGAAGCCAUUGACUUGAGGAUUAAAAAUAUUGACAUAUACGGAGAUUCUGCUCUUGUGAUUAACCAGAUCAAAGGAAAAUGGGAGACUCAUCAUGAUGGUUUGGUACCGUACAGAGACUAUGCAAGACGUCUUUUGACUUUCUUCAACAAGGUGGAACUGCACCACAUUCCUCGGGAUGAGAAUCAAAUGGCGGAUGCCCUAGCUACUUUAUCUUCAAUGAUCAAAGUGAAUCAUGGCAACGACGUGCCGCUGAUCAGUGUCAAAUUCCUUGAUAGGCCUGCUUAUGUGUUUGCAGCCGAAGCAGUUUUCGAUGAUAAGCCGUGGUUUCAUGAUAUUAAAGUGUUUCUUCAAACUCAAGAGUACCCUCCUGGGGCAUCCCGUAAAGAUAAGAGAACCUUAAGAAGAUUGUCUGGUAACUUCUUUCUAAGUGGAGAUGUUUUGUACAAAAGGAACUUUGAUUCAGUUUUACUCAGAUGUGUGGACCGACGAGAAGCAGAUUUGUUAAUGCAUGAGAUACAUGAAGGAUCAUUUGGGACCCAUUCUAGUGGAUAUUCAAUGGCUAAGAAAGCAUUGAGAGCAGGCUACUACUGGAUAACGAUGCAUGCUGACUGCCAUCACUAUGCUAAGAAAUGUCACAAAUGCCAGAUUUAUGCGGACAAGAUUCAUGUGCCGCCGUCUAUGCUCAAUGUUAUCUCAUCUCCGUGGCCGUUCUCUAUGUGGGGCAUUGAUAUGAUUGGUCGGAUCGAACCAAAAGCUUCCAAUGGACAUCGAUUCAUACUAGUGGCCAUUGACUACUUCACCAAGUGGGUUGAAGCGGCUUCUUAUGCCAAUAAGAUGGUAGUCACCUAUAAGGACUGGCAUGAGAUGUUACCCUAUGCUCUAUAUGGUUACCGUACUUCAGUGCGUACUUCAACAGGGGCAACCCCUUUUUCCUUGGUGUAUGGUACGGAAGCGAUACUUCCCGUAGAAGUUGAAAUCCCGUCUUUGAGAGUCUUGAUGGAAGCUGAGUUAUCAGAGGCUGAAUGGUGUCAGAAUAGGUACGAUCAGUUGAAUUUGAUUGAGGAAAAGCGCAUGGCUGCUUUGUGUCAUGGACAACUAUAUCAGACCAGGAUGAAACAAGCAUUUGAUAAGAAGGUUCGUCCCCGUGAAUUUAAAGAAGGAGACCUAGUGGUCAAGAGUAUCAAGUCUUUUCAACCAGACCCCAGGGGCAAGUGGACACCUAAUUAUGAAGGUCCCUAUGUGGUGAAGAGAGCCUUCUCUGGUGGACCAGAGGUCUGGCCUUCCCCAUUGGAGGUUCAAAGGAUUAUCACAAAGUUCAAAAAUUAUUCAGAAUACGAGCAAGGAAAGAAAAAGUUGAACCAAGAGAGCUAUUUGAUGGAUAGGAUUAUGAAGUCAAAAGAGAAAUUGGGGAAAGUGCAGAGAACCAAUUGGGAGAUGGAGAAGUCCUUGAUCUUGUUUCAAUGUCUCGUUCAAGAAAAUUUUAUCAACACUCUGAACACAAACGUUUUGAAUGAUCUAGCAAGUGAAAUUAAUGAGAAGCUUAAGGAAAUUACUUCAAAGAUGAAUCAACUUGACACAAAUGAAACCACUUAG